UUCGUUUUCAAAAAUGUCAAACUAAAAUAUUAUAAAAUUCUUUAAAAUUUGUUCUCGGAAUUUGUUCUCCGUCUUGUCCUUCAUAUUUUGUGUACAAAAAUCGAAACACAUUUUUAAAAAACAACAAAAUGUUCCGAAACAGUUACCAGAAAGGCUUCCUCACCGUUUUCUACAGCUUGGGCAGUAGUCCAUUGAAGGAUUGGGGUGUUCACACCAAGAAUGGUUAUUGCAAGCGAAUUAUAGAUGAAGAUAUAAGUUCUAUGGUUUUUGAAAUAAUGGGGAAUAAUGUCUCCACUAUGUUUAUGACAAUUCCACGUGAACCGAGGCAAACUCUUGGUAUUAAGCUACCCUUCCUUGUGCUGCUUAUUAAAAAUAUGUUUAAAUACUUCACCUUUGAAAUCAAGAUUAUUGAUGAUCAAAAUUUUGGCAGGCGCUUUCGUGUUUCCAACUUUCAGAGCAAGACAUCAGUGAAACCGUUUAGCACCUCUAUGCCCAUGGCUCUUUCACCUGGCUGGAAUCAAAUACACUUCAAUUUGGCAGAUUUUACCCGCCGUGCAUAUGGUACCAAUUACAUGGAAACUGUUUCUUUACAGGUUCAUGCAAAUAUACGCAUACGUCGUAUUUAUUUCACUGAUCGCCUGUACAACGAACAAGACUUACCACUGGAGUACCAGUUGAUGCCGAAGCGUGCGAUGGUCAAAAAAUUGGGUAAACAUUUCAAUGUACCAUCUGCACGUCCACCAUCUCCAAAGACUGAUCGCUCUGAAGCAACUGACCCCAAUUAAUGUACGAAAAUGUACUGAAUUUGUAUUUUAUUGCCUUUACUUGGAACUUUUAUCAAUCUUUAAGCAGAUAUAUUUUAAAUCCUGUAAAAAUGUCCUUUUAAUAAAUUUAUUUCAAUA